UUAGGAUCCCGCGUUCUCUCUCCUUCGUAUUUACUGCUGCUAUCACCUCAAUGCCCCAAUUCAUUCCCAAAGCUCUUCUAUCACCGUGGUACCGUUUCAACGGCACGAGAGAUAAGCCUUACAGUCUCUCUCAUCGUGAACACCAGUUCCAUCUUUUCCACACAGCAACGUUGACAUUGCGGAGGUAACUCUGCAGCACUCAAGUCUACUUGAGGCGGCAUCAUAUUCGAUGAGACCAGCGUCCGUUGCAACAGCUGCGUGCUUACAUCGAAAACCAGCAACGGGGACCCUAGAGGCAAGCACUAACGAAGAGCAAUGGCCGCAGAACCCUUUCGCAAGUUGGUCCGAGGAAUUCAGGUAUUGUAUGGCAUCUUCCCAAGGCCGAGAUGAAGAAGCAAAUGUCGAGUAUCUUGCCUGGGAAUCUGCAAUCAGGCUCAUUUUGCACCUCCCAGGGACUUCACAGAGAAACGCUGGUGUGACCCUGGUUCGGCACCAGCUGUGCAGUACCGCCAAUACUUUAUCACAGAAGGCUCCCGCUCAAAGAGCAUGGCGUCUGCGCAUCCCCCCGCACCUUUCUCAGAGGCUGUCCUGAAGCGAACUACAGUACUUGCGCCGACGAAAUCCCGCAGUGCCAGUCGCCGGAAAAUGCAAAAAUGUGAUGAGUUCCAGAGGGGAUGUACCAUGCCAACUGAGCAAACCCUCCUGCUGCGACGGCUCGGAGAAUGCCAGAUGGAGUGCAUAACUUUGGACUUCAACUUGACCUGCAGUGCAAGUCAACGGUGGAACUUGAUAAAGAGAAUGUGCAGAUUAGCGGCAUGCUAAACUCCCAUCACGCCAACCACACUCUCAGAACCUGGCUUUGGCCCCACAAGCCGGUAUUAGCCGCGCCUACCGGAACUCCGCCACUGAUUUAGCAGGACCAAUGAUUAUAAGGGCGACCAGCGGCCAGGUUCUGCCCUGGAUUACUAAUAGGGAGGCUUUCACCCAGGCAGAUCACGAGACACGGCUGCGCAGGGCCACCCAACCGCUGGAAGAUUGCAACUUGACGGGUGUCGCCCCCCGGUUCCCUGCUAAGCGAGGCGAAAAGGUGUCCCACCUUUCAGCCUGCAGCCCCCCUACAACUGACAACUGCAGUGCCAGUGCCAGUGCCAGUGCCAGUGCAGUGCAGUGCCGUGCUCGCCGCGCUCUACUACUACUCUCCCUCCCUUUCCCUCUCUCCCUCAGCUUCCCGCUGGUUAGGCUCCUCUUUUUUCACUCACGAUUCUUACCUGGCCCGACACCGACCUUUCUGCGGUGCUGUACCCGAGCCUUCCUGUGCCCUUCCUUACCUUAUUGUGCCCUCCCGGUUUUGAUCCCUUGGGUACCUAUCAUAGGUCUCAUUUUUAGUUGCAUUCGACUGUUUCGAUUGCCAGUUGGCACGUCCCAGUAGUCGACCAAGCCAGGGGCUACUGCUGCUGCUGCCAAUCCCUCGCUUCGUGAUCUGCCUGUUGCGCCUCACGCACCCAGACACGAGCAGCUCCGUGGCCGCCUCAUCACCUAUCGAAAAAAAGACAAAUCGCCAUCUAAUCACAUACACGGGUCUUCCACCACAGUCGUUCUCACUCAGACUCCCGCCCGAGCUAAGCCGUUUUGGGCACCCCAGCCUCACAGAAAUCUCGACGUUCCGAUUCGGUUUGCAUACCUCUGCGCUCGCGCUCUGACGACUCAUCUCCAAACAUUGCCAGCCAGCCAAUGGAUGACCGGAACUCUAUCAAGCCAUGAACCCUUGGCUCACCGAUCCUUCCUCCACACCAAACAAUCAUGUUGGCUUUGGAGGCCCCAUGGAUGCUGGCAUGUCUUUCCUUCAGCCUCCUCAGACCAUAAACCCUGCGCAGUUCCAGAAUCCUGCCUUCCUCAAUGGCGGCGCCCGCACCGCCUCCCCAGGCUUCCACAAUCCCGCAUAUCAGACCAACCCGGUAAUACCUUCGAAAAGAGCACGGGACGAUAGCUUGGGCGCGUCGCCGCGGCAGAUGCCGGGAGGACUACCUGGAUCAAGAUCGCAAACUCCCGGACAAGGUCUUUACCCCGGAUUCAACCCUCAAGCGAAUGGCGUGCCCGCAAUGCCCACGGGUCCGACGCCUUUCCCACACCUCCAACAACCUUCCUCCAACGCGACACCUUCGCCGACGACUCAACAAAUAAGUCAGUUCAACCAUCCUGGUGGUAAUCAACGCGUCGCAACCGCGUCGCCAAGCCCCUUCUCACCACAACAGCAUGGUGGGCCUCAAGCUUCACCUGCCCCAUCCGAUCACGCCAGUCGAGUUGGGACGCCUCAUGAUAACCCUCACAAUUUUAUGCCUAACGGAGGCUUCCCGCCCGGUUUCAACCAGCCUCAGUACGGGCAGAACAUGAGCAACGGCGUGCCUCCACACAUGGGGAUGAAUCCUCAGGGAACCAUGGCGCCUCAGCACCCGGGCAUGUCGGCCGCGCAAAGAAAUUAUCAGAUGCAAUUACAGGCUCAAGCUCGGCAGAUGCAGGCGCAGACCAUGGCUGGCAUGAACGGCAUGCCAAAUAAUCCUGGACAGCCCCGCCCAAACUCUCAGAUGUCCCAGGGACCCCCAGGGGCUUUUGCUCCACCAAAACCCAGCAAUCCAGAGGAAUUCAUACGGGGCUUACAGACCUUUAUGGCUGCUCGCGGUCGAUCCGUAGACCUCAAUCCGGUAAUAUGUGGGAGACCCUUGCAGCUGUUGCGGUUAUAUGCCGCCGUGGUAAAAAAUGGAGGCUCACAGAGGAUUUCGAAGUUGAACCAGUGGGCGGCUAUUGCGCAACAAUUUGGAUUCCCUCCACAACAGCACAUGCAAGCUGCUCAAGAACUCCAAGCAUAUUGGAUGCACAAUCUUGCCCCUUAUGAGGCCGCUUGGCAAAUGUCGCAGCAAAAGCAAAGAAUGGCUGCGCAAGCUGCCGCUCAAAACCAAGCCCAACAUCAGAUGUCUCCUUCCCGCGAAGUCCAACAGCAACAUCAACCUGUACAUCAGAGAGCACCUUCCGUCAAUGGACAAGCGGUUAACCAAGUCCCCCAGCCCAAUACCAAUGGUUUCGUGCCUCCGCACGCCCAAGCACAACCGGAAAUGCCUACUGCAACUCAGACAAGGCCGGAUACGGCCAGGCAGUUCGAUCCUCAGCACGUAGAAGGCGUACAAGCGCCGAUACAAACUCCUCAAAAACGUCCACGGACUGCUCCAAAAUCAGCAGAGCCUGAGCCAGAUGUGAACAAGCCCCUCUCACGACCCAUCAAGGAUCCUUUCAAACCCGAAGUGCUCCCUCCUAGUCGCUUUCAUGGGCCCAUCAAUGUGGACGAGCUUUUCGUUAUCGGACAACAUAUUGUCGAGUCCAAACCAGUCGUUCCGACGAUCAGGGAGAUGGGCAUCAUCGAUAUCCACGCCUUGACUAUGUCGAUCAAAUCGGGCCUCCAUGCGGAGACACGCGUGGCACUUGACACGCUUGUUACCCUCUCCACAGAGCCUGCUCUGCAGUUGUCCCUGGUUGAUUGCGAUGACCUUAUGGACGCGUUAUUGGAGUGCGCAUUGGACCAGGUUAACUUCUUGAGCGAGCACGCGACAGAAGUCUCAGAUGAUAUGUUUCUGCCGUCCUACGAAGAUCUGGUGCGAUCUUGUCGUCUGGAAAACGAGUCCCUCCAGAAUAACACCGAGUUCGGAACAGUCGCCUACGAUCUGGAGCGAGCAGCUGAUCGAUUAAUAUGUAUCACCACACUCAUCCGGAAUUUCUCAUUCUACGAAGCAAAUUUUGGCGUCCUUGGGCAAUCCGAAGUCAUUAAACUACUCAGCACUGUUAUCCGAUACCUUGCGACUACGGAGUUGUUUCUGCGGACGAGUCGGAAUACCCUGGAUUUUAUGAAGGAUGUUGUGGUCUUCCUCAGCAAUCUAUCUACCUCGCUUCAAUUACCGGGCAAGGAAGAAUCCCUCUGUAUUCUCCACUUCCUCCUUGCCUUUGCACCUACUCCUCCACCCAUCACCGGCUCUUCCUCAAAGGUCGCAUUCACAAUGUACACACCCACGUUGCACAAGUACUUGCCUUCAGCUGUGGAUAGUCUUGCCAAAUUGCUGGCUCGCGACGAACCGAAUCGGACAUAUUUCAGAGCAAUAUUUGCUGCCGAUGCUCAUUCCACUCCGCCCUAUGAGUUGUUGACAAGAAGUUUCGGCUUGGCCAUAUCACCUAUUCCAGCAAUCUCGAGCCACACGAGAACGAUCAUAGAAACUAGAAAGCCCUUCCUUCUGCAGGGGAUGCUUGCGGCUGAAAUUCUGGCGGGCCUUGCACCUGGUUCCGAUUAUUCUUUGGCCCGCUCAUGGCUAGAAUCAGAAGAUGGGUUUGCCUGCAACCUAUUGAGGUUGGUUGGAAUCCUCAGCGCAGACCGCUCAACACAGACAGCACCCAAGCACCCGCAGCCGAAUAACCGAAAUAAUCCGGAACCCGAUGCCAACGGUUAUGGAGCGAUCGCGAACCGUGCCUUGGCUGUUUUGAAGACUUUGGUUCAGAAGGCACGAACAGUUGACGAGGAUGGCACCACGGUUGUUCCGACAGGUGUCAUGCCGAGAAAAGAAAGUCUUCUUGGAGCCAUGAUACAGAGAGACAUUGAUCCUGGCAUCUUACGACAGCUCUGCCUCUUUGCUGCUCUCGAGGAGUGAUGUGAGAUUGUGACAUAGGUUGUGGGUUCUGCAUAGCGCGGACACAGGGGGUUGAUUUUAACGCUCAAGCAUGUUUAGCGGUAUGGCCAGGAUGUCGUAUGGGGUAUGCGCAUCAUGUGGACGCGCAAAAUGAGCGUAUCGGAGUUGCUGUGUAUGUCGAGGAUCUGCGAUACCCCUUCUUACUCGUCUAGUCCAACCCUGAAUAUGAGGGAAGGCAUCAACAUAACUCGGUUAGGAUAGUGCUAGGGGAGUCAACUUGCAUAGUAGCGCUCCGGAUUCGUGGCAUACAGCAGGGAAAAGUCACACUGUCAAAAUAUACCAGUCUUGCUAUACAUGUAUCAAAGUUUGACAACAAAGAGACCAAGGAGAACGUUGGAGGAAGUCACAUAGGCCACCCCUUCCCAUUUGGUGCAGCCCACCGGAUCUUGUACUUGAGAGGUAACUCAGAUAAGCCCACGAUGCAGAUGUCGCACGCUCGUAGCCCUCAAUUGAUGCAGCGCUCAUGACCAUUAUUAAUCAGUGAGAUAUGUAUAUCCG